AGCCUGUGGUGCAGGGGCUGCUGGGAAAUGUAGUCCCCAGCCGGCCAGGGCGAGGGUGUCCCGUACCCUACCCAGCGGUGACAGCUCAGGAGGUCGGCGGCGGCGGCAGGGGCUGCAGCAGGCAGCUCCUGGCUAACUCAUUCACCGACACGGCUCCUCCCUGCCGUCUCCCCAGGGCGCGUCAGCUUCACCCACAUGGACCAGUCGGUGGCGAUCCAGGAGACCCUCGCUGAGGGGGAGUACUGCGUCCUCGCGGUACAAGGUGUGCUGUGUGAGGGAGACAGCAGGCAGAGCCGCCUCCUGGGACUCGUGCGCCACCGCCCCCGACACGGUGGCCAGGAACACGCUCUCUUCCUGUACACGCACCGGAGGAUGGCCAUUACGGGGGACGAUGUCUCUUUGGACCAGAUAGUGCCUGUCUCGCGGGAUUUUACGCUGGAAGAAGUGUCCCCAGACGGUGAACUGUACAUUCUUGGCUCGGAUGUGACCGUCCAACUGGACACAGCGGAGCUCAGCCUCGUAUUGCAGCUUCCCUUCGGUUCACACACCAGGAUGUUCCUCCAUGAAGUUGCCAGGGCCUGUCCAGGUUUCGACCCCGCGACCCCGGAUCCCGAGUUCCUGUGGCUCUCUCGGUACAGGUGCACCGGGCCGGAGCCCGAGCAGCCGCAGCCACUCGGUUGGGACGCGGCCCCGGAGACCGGGCCGCGGCGCUCCGGCAUUGGCGGAGGCAGGUAUCCGUCUCGAAAAGGGCGGUGGCGAUUGGAGGAGGCGCGGCCGGGGGCGGGCUCAUGUCUGUUUAGGGGCGGGGCCACGGAGAGGCUCGGCCUCCGAUUGGCGGAGGUGGCGCGCGGGGGCGGGGCGCCCUGGGGGCGGCGGGGCGAUGCGGGGCGGCGCGGGCGGCGGGAUGAAGAGCUCCGAGGAGCAGGCAGGGAAAUGUCCGCCGCCGCCGGCUCUCGGGAGCGCGACUGUGCAGGUGUUUCUGACUUUGAUGAUUCCAGAUCGGAUAAGAAAGGCCUGCUUGGGGACCCUGCCAGCUCUUGGGGUCAGGAUACACCAGACAGUUUGCUCCCAAGACAGAAUAAAUCCAAGUCUGAAAUCACCGACAUGGUUCGCUCCUCCACUAUCACAGUAACAGACAAGGCACAUAUUUUAUCCAUGCAGAAGUUCGGGCUACGAGAUACAAUCGUGAAAUCACGUCUAGUGCAGGAAGAAGAGGAUUAUACGUAUAUCCAGAACUUCAGGUUUUUUGUGGGAACAUACAAUGUGAACGGCCAGUCCCCCAAAGAAGGCCUCCAGCCCUGGCUAAGCCAUGGCAUCCAGGCCCCAGAUGUGUACUGCGUGGGGUUCCAGGAGCUCGAUCUGAGCAAAGAAGCCUUUUUCUUCCAUGAUACCCCCAAGGAGGAAGAGUGGUUUAAAGCUGUAUCAGAAGGUCUUCAUCCAGACGCCAAGUAUGCAAAGGUGAAGCUUAUCCGACUGGUGGGGAUUAUGCUGCUGUUGUAUGUCAAACAGGAGCAUGCAGCGCACAUCUCCGAGGUGGAAGCUGAGACCGUGGGGACAGGAAUCAUGGGGAGGAUGGGUAACAAAGGAGGAGUGGCCAUCAGGUUCCAGUUCCACAACACCAGCAUCUGCGUUGUGAACUCUCACUUGGCAGCCCACACGGAGGAGUAUGAGAGGAGGAACCAGGACUAUAAAGACAUUUGUUCUCGAAUGCAGUUUUGUCAGGUUGACCCAAGCCUUCCCCCUCUCACCAUCAGCAAGCACGAUGUGAUCUUGUGGCUGGGGGACCUCAACUACAGGAUAGAAGAACUGGAUGUGGAGACAGUGAAAAAGCUCAUCGAGGAGAAGGCCUUUCAGACCCUGUAUGCAUACGACCAGCUGAAAACUCAGGUGGCUGCCAAGGCGGUGUUCGAAGGCUUCACCGAAGGCGAGCUCACGUUCCAGCCAACCUAUAAGUAUGAUACUGGCUCCGAUGACUGGGAUACCAGCGAGAAGUGUCGUGCUCCUGCCUGGUGUGACCGGGUCCUCUGGAAAGGGAAGAACAUCACUCAGCUGAGUUACCAGAGCCACAUGGCCCUGAAGACCAGUGACCACAAGCCUGUCAGCUCAGUGUUUGACAUCGGGGUGAAGGUGGUCAACGAAGAACGUUACCGGAAGACUCUGGAAGAGAUUGUUCGCUCCCUGGACAAGAUGGAAAAUGCCAACAUUCCUUCUGUGUCCCUUUCUAAGCGAGAGUUCUGUUUUCAGAAUGUGAAAUACAUGCAGUUGCAAGUACAGUCCUUUACUAUCCAUAAUGGACAAGUACCCUGUCAGUUUGAAUUCAUCAACAAGCCUGAUGAAGCGUCUUACUGUAAGAAGUGGCUGAAUGCCAACCCCAGCAGAGGUUUCCUCCUGCCAGACUCUGCCAUUGAGAUAGAAUUGGAGCUAUUUGUAAAUAAGACCACAGCUACAAAGCUCAACUCAGGUGAAGACAAAAUUGAAGACAUUCUGGUUUUGCACCUGGACAGGGGAAAGGAUUACUUUCUGUCUGUGUCUGGGAAUUACCUGCCCAGCUGUUUCGGAUCUCCCAUACAUACGUUGUGCUACAUGAGGGAGCCGAUCUUGGACCUGCCCCUGGAAACAAUUAGAGAGCUGACUCUGAUGCCACUACAGACGGAAGAUGAUGGGAUCCAGUUGGAGAACCCCUUGGGAAUCCCCAAAGAGCUCUGGAUGAUGGUUGAUUACCUGUACCAGAAUGCUGUCCAGCAGGAAGAUCUGUUUCAGCAGCCAGGCCUGAGGUCGGAAUUUGAGCAUAUCAGGGACUGUUUGGAUACGGGAAUGAUUGAAACCCUCUCCGCCAGCAAUCAUUCCGUAGCUGAAGCCUUGCUGCUUUUCCUGGAGAGCCUGCCAGAGCCUGUCAUCUGCUAUAGCACCUACCAUAACUGCUUGGAGUGUUCUGGCAACUACACAGCGAGUAAACAGGUCAUUUCUACCCUCCCCACUUUCCACCAAAAUGUCUUCAAUUACUUGAUGGCGUUUUUGCGAGAACUGCUGAAAAAAUCAGCAAAAAAUCAUUUGGAUGAGAAUAUUCUAGCCAGCAUAUUUGGCAGCUUACUGCUUCGAAACCCAGCUGGUCACCAAAAGCUUGACAUGGCAGAGAAGAAGAAGGCUCAAGAAUUUAUUCACCUAUUCCUCUGCAACUCACCCUGAGCCAUUCUAUCUCCUGUCUUGUUUUACUCAAGGCAGCCAAUUGCCAGCCCCACCUGUUUAAGAUCAAGAACUACCAUAAGACGACGUGAGGCCCCUUGGAAGCAAAAGUGGCAGCUGCCUGUUUCCUGAGCCCAGACAUCCCCCGCCCCCUGACUGUGGCUGUCACAUCCCUGCUACUCUGAGUUGGGAAGCCGUGGGGGAAAUCUACCAUAAUAAAACUGACAGUCAAUGUUCAACUUUAGUUAUUUAA